AUGGCGGCUGGCAGUUGUGACCCGUGUACUGGCAACUUGGAAGAUGCUUCCCAGGUCAUCUUUCCCAAAGGGUUUCAAACAGCCGUGACUCUUCUAAAUCCAGAAGUUCUUCAUCUGCUUUUGGAGCAUCAGAAGCUGCAGAACGAGAGUGUUGAGAAUGAACAUAACUUCCCUUGGUCUUCAAAUAAACGUUCCACUCUACAGCCGGUUUCAGUCGUUUCACAGACCGUUGCCAGUGUUCGUCCUUUCUUGCUACAGAAAAAGCUUCGCGAGUUUGAGCUGGCAUGUUUGGCCACCCUUUGCCCAGGAACUGCUGAGGAGUCCAAGGCUCUGAUCCCAAGCCUCGAGAGCGGUUUGAAGAUAAGAGCUCCAACAGAUUCUUGA